CUUGCCCCUCCCUCACGAUUUAGAAAGCCGGGUAUUUGUGUUCAUCACGCACCUCAGACGAUAAUAUUUAUCUUGAAGAUAUAUUAAUCAUUUAUUUAUUUUAUUUCAUAUUCUAAACUGGAAUAGACCUUGCGCGGUCGAUUAAAGUUCGUCUUGAGAAUCAAUACCCAUCGAGCCUAGAUGAGAAGGGAUUUCUACAGGCUUCUAGACCGGAUCCCUCAAGUAGACCUUCCCUACAUCCAUCUAUACACGACGGAUUUUGACCUCAACAUUGGAAUACACCUCAAGCAGAAUUCGCAUUUCGGAUUAUAGAAUGCUUCUAUCAAAAUUCAACACAUUUGCUCACAUUUCCACCGUGGACAUGCCGGCGAAAAUCCAGCUUCAAGUUAAGGAGAAAGAGCCGUUCGAGAAGGCGUAUCAGGUCGGUUCUGUGCUGGGAAGCGGCGGUUUCGGAACGGUGUAUGCGGGUUUAAGGAUCGCCGAUGGCGCGCCGGUUGCCAUCAAGCAUGUUGCUAAAGAUCGUGUGACUGAAUGGGGAGAGCUGCCCAAUGGCGCGCGCGUCCCGAUGGAGAUCGUCCUGUUAAAGAAGGUCGGCACCGGAUUCCGUGGCGUGAUCAAGAUGCUGGACUGGUACGACCGACCGGACAGCUUCAUUAUCGUCAUGGAAAGACCGGAGACCGUCAAGGACUUGUUUGAUUUCAUCACGGAGAAGGGCGCGUUAGCGGAGGAGCUCGCCAGGAACUUUUUCCGCCAGGUUCUGGAAGCGGUGCGUCAUUGCCACAACAACGGCGUCGUUCACCGUGACAUCAAAGACGAGAAUAUUCUUAUCGAUCUACGAACCGGUGAUCUGAAGCUCAUCGACUUUGGAUCGGGGGCAUUACUCAAAGACACCGUCUACACCGAUUUCGACGGUACACGUGUUUACAGUCCACCAGAGUGGAUCAAAUAUCAUCGCUACCACGGUAGAUCUGCGACCGUGUGGUCUCUGGGCAUCCUGCUGUACGACAUGGUUUGUGGGGACAUCCCAUUCGAGCAGGACGAAGAGAUCGUACGUGGGCAGGUGCUGUUCAGGCGGAGAAUCUCAGCAGAGUGCCAGCAGCUUAUCAAGUGGUGCCUGGCCCUCCGCCCUGCAGAACGCCCUUCUUUCGAGGAUAUAAUCAACCACCCUUGGAUGCAGAACACGGUGCCCCCUACGGACAACACUGAGAUCAGACUGCACAGCAUCAACCAUGAGCAUCAGCCCGCUGCUUUCCCGGCAGUCACUGUGUGUAAAUGACUGUCUGAAUGCAUACAUAGAGACUUUCCAUUACAGCAGCAAACCACCCAGGGGACCUGCGGACUGAGCAGUGCAAAAAAAAAACACA